UGACGUAUUGUUUACGUUAUUGAUUGCUGAUGGUAAGCAGACUGGAGGCGCAUUCCCAGGGAAUGAAAGUAAAAGCUAUUAAUACGCAAAAAAGUAUGCAAAGAGAUAACACAGAAACCACCGGGGAUAUUCAAACUUGAACCUUGUUCAUCCCGGAUGACGAUAUUAUUGUAUUGUGUUUCAAAGAAAUAGACUACUGUUCAUAGCAAUAGGAUCUGCUUUGAAAACAUGAAGUAUAGAAACUUCCAUGAUAUCCUAUUAAAUACAACUAUUUAAUAAGCCAUUUGACAGAUCACAAUAAAACAAUAAACAUUACAAUCAAAGAAAAUCUUUCAAAACGGCUUUGAAUCAACUUGAAUCACACUUUUUGUUUGAAGAAGGACACACUCCCUGUUUUUCGGCAGCAUACAACUCUUUUAUUUUAGAAGAUGAAAGGGAUAAUGUAACAAAGGUGGUUGUUAAAUAAUAAAUGCUUACUAGUACUGAUUCAUUCUGUAAAUGAAAUUGAAUAAGCAUACACCGCCACCGUGUGUUGAGAAAAUAAGUUACACUGACUUGAACUCAUGUCAAUAUAAUCCUUUGCGUGGAUUUCAAAUCGGCUCAUAUUCAACGAAGGUCUACAGUUUUGAAUGAAAUUUUAAAAAAAGAGUCCUCCGUAUAAUCCAUAAGCCCAGACUGUAGGUAGGCUAUAAACGCAGCAUGCUACGUUGUUUAUGCAUCUUACGUUGGAGAAUGUCUAUUGGUUCUGCGUGGGCUACGGCGUGUCGGUGUAGUUUCUGCGUUGUUUCCAUGGUACCUGUACCUGUGUUAGACACAGACAGGCCCAGUUAGUUGGUGGGUCGUUGGGAAUACGAGUCAGAAGUAAAAUCACCAUGAAUCGAAUAAAUCGGAACAGAUUCAACAAACCUUUUUAGGGGAAAUAAAGUGCAGUUUGUGACCAUGGUAUCUGGCGACCAGCGAAGGCGACGCAGGUACCAGUAGGACGCAGGAACCAGUAGGACGCAGACCGGACCAGGGGGGAAAGACCAGUAGGACUCAGACCGGACCAGAGAGAGAGAGAACAGUGGGACGUAGACCGGACCAGAGAGAGAGAGACAGAGAGAGACAGUAGGGCGCAGACCAGAGAGAGACAGACCAGUAGGACGCAGACCAGACCAGAAGGACGCAGACCAGACCAGAAGGACGCAGACCAGACCAGAGGGAGAGAGACCAGUAGGACGCAGACCAGACCAGAGGGAGAGAGAGACAGUAGGACGCAGACCACACCAGAGAGAGAGAGAGACCAGUAGGACGCAGACCAGACCACAGAGAGAGAAACCAGUAGGACGCAGACCAGACCACAGGGCUUCCUAAUGGAUUAAUAGCAUGACCGGUGAUGAAUUAGAAAAGGUUUGGUGAAAUCCAACAUACUAUGUGCGAUGGAGAAAUAUGAGAAAUUGUCUAAGAUCGGAGAGGGUUCCUACGGCGUGGUGUUCAAGUGCAGACACCGGGACAGCGGACAGGUGGUCGCCAUCAAGAAGUUCGUGGAGUCCGAGGAGGAUCCCGUGAUCAAGAAGAUAGCCUUGCGAGAAAUACGCAUGCUCAAGCAACUGAAGCACGUCAACCUGGUGAACCUGCUGGAGGUGUUCAGGAGGAAGAGACGGCUCCACCUGGUCUUUGAGUUCUGCGAGCAGACGGUCCUCAACGAGCUGGACAAGCACCCCAGGGGGGUUCCUGAGGGCCAGCUAAAAAGCAUUGUCUGGCAGACGCUGCAGGCAGUCAACUUCUGCCACAGACACAAUUGCAUCCACCGUGACGUCAAACCAGAGAAUAUCCUCCUCACCAAGACCGGUGUCAUCAAGCUGUGUGACUUCGGCUUCGCACGCAUUCUAACUGGUCCCGGAGAUGACUACACAGACUACGUGGCGACCCGCUGGUACCGGGCCCCUGAGCUGCUGGUGGGGGACACCCAGUACGGGCCCCCCGUGGACGUGUGGGCCCUGGGGUGUGUGUUCGCCGAGCUGCUCAACGGCAACCCCCUCUGGCCCGGAAGGUCCGACGUGGACCAGCUCUACCUCAUCAGGAAGACCCUAGGGGACCUAAUACCGCGGCAUCAGCAAGUGUUCCACUCCAACGUUUUCUUCAGUGGUGUCAGUAUCCCGGAACCCGACACGAUGGAACCACUGGAGAAACGCUUCCAUGUGGUUUCUCCUCACGCCCUCCAGGUCAUGAAGUCCUGCCUGGUGAUGGACCCCUGCCUCAGGCUGUCCUGCGAGGCCAUCCUGGAGCUCCCCUACUUCCAGGAGGAGGGGGCCGCGCCCUGGGGCCGUGAGGGGGAGAGGCCCGGCCGAAGGAGCGACAAGGGCUCCCGCCGCAGACAGGCAGGGGCUCAGUAUCUGCCUCACCUACCAAGCAGUAACAUCUCUCCAGCCCCAGAGGUGAAGAAACAGGUCAGGCACAAAUACGACCAUCAUCUGCCCAACAUUUAAGCUGUGGUGGACUUGGAGGAAUCUGCACACGGAGGCAAGAUGCUUAACCCAGAUCCUCUGAGGGGAAGUGUGGAUCAUAAAGAUACAGUCAUAGUCAUACUACUCAAAACCACUAUGUUAGAUCUCCAGUAGAAAAUACAGACUCCAGCUAUAAAGUAUAAAUUAUACUCACAGUAAACCUAGUCACAUCAAAUCUACAGUUAGAGUAGCAGUAAGAACUACAUUCACAACUGUGUCGGUUAACAUUUUAUUCAGUACGAAAAAUAUAUCACAAUUUAAUGGGCAUGAUUUAUUCACAAAUUGUGUAUCCUUUCCAUGUGGUAAAAAUCCAGAUUUUUGUGUUCUUGCAAGUAAAAAUAAUACUUGUAUCCGUAUUCAGGUAUAUCAUGGAAGCCAAUGUAUGAUAUGGACAUGUUUUACCAGAUAACUAUUACAAAUUCCCCUUUUGAUGUUAUAUUUUAGAAAGGCAGACCUUCAGAAACCCAUUAAAUGCUUUUAUAGGCUAGAGUAUUACCGUUAUUUGUAAUUAGAAGACUUAUAUUAGUAUAGUUUAUACAUAUUUUCAGUGAUAAAAAAAGAUGAAUGUGAUGAGUUUCAAUAAUAAAAAGAAAAAGAACAAUGAUAGCCAUUUCUACAAGGAGCAUACACACACACACACAUACACACACACACAGAGGGUCAGUUUUGGCGUGGCGUGGCGACGAUGUGGUAGGUGCGCGGCAGACUGGCGAAGCUGCUGUGCUCUGGGCUGAGGUCGAUGUGCUCUGGUCCUGACGGACAGCUGAAGGUGAACCGCUGCACCAGAGACACCAUGAAGAGAAAGAUCUCCAUCCGGGCCAGAGACUCUCCCACACAGGACCUCUUCCCUGAGACACGCGCACACACACACACACACACACACACACACACACACACACACACACACACACACACACACACACACACACACACACACACACACACACACACACACAAACACACACACACACACACACACACACACACACACACUAUAA